AUGACCGAGAAAUUGAUUCAAAUCGAUACCGAAUUAGAAGAAGAAGACACGGAAUUUGUUCCGCAGGAAGCUUCAAGUUCAGAAUCGUCGUUUUCUGAUGCAGAAAGCGGUGAAGAAGAGGUGGAAGGAGAAAACGAAGGAGAAGCAGAGCAAAGCAAGACUUUAGAUGAUCACAAGCCAGAACAAGCCGAAUCAUCAAAUCAAAGAGAUAGAGAUAAUUUAGAAGAAAAGAAGAAAGAGAAUGAGGAGAAACCUGUAGAAAAACCUUUCGAAGCUGCUCCGGCACCAGCAGAGUCCGCCACAAAAACAAACGAGAAAGACGGCUCAGCGGAGCAGACGAAACAAGUAUCUUCAAAAGAGCCUGAAAACUUUCUUGAAAAGCCUCCUGUUAAGAAACCACUGGUGAGAAAGCGACGCGAAUCACCUCUUGCCAAAGUUCAGGCCAAGCAAGCUGCGAAGAAGUCAAAGCCAAACACUUUGGAGCAAGCUCAGCAAAACUGGUCUGAUUUUGUAAAAGAGCAAGACAUCCAAGAUGAGCUACGUAUCGCCAAUAAAGACGGAUUUGUUGAGCGCCAAGAAUUCUUGGCCAAGACACGCUCCGCUUAUGAAGACAAAGUUCGCUCCAUGAGAAAAAUUCCUUAA